UGGCUUCGAUAUGAAAAUAGCCCAAUCAAAUUAGAGCUUUUAAACCGUGUUUGGAAAUAAGCUCCUGCGUGUCCGCCAUGUUGGAACAAACACGCUAACGUCCUUCUCUGUUUUAGGCCUAUUUCAUCAAAAGACGAUUACCAAGGAAAAGAAUAAGAAAUUUCUAAUGACUAUGGAGGCUGUCCGUGCCUUUAACAAUGAGUUGUCAUCUUUGUACGAGACCAGGCCCCCUAUAUCUAGGGCCAAGAUGGCUGCUGUAACAAAGGGUGCAAUCAAGGCCAUAAAAUUUUACAAGCAUGUGGUACAGAGUGUGGAGAAAUUUGUACAGAAAUGUAAACCAGAGUACAAAGUACCUGGCCUUUAUGUUAUUGAUUCUAUAGUCCGUCAAUCAAGGCACCAGUUUGGGUCAGAAAAAGAUGUCUUUGCACCAAGAUUUACCAAGAAUAUUUUGCUGACAUUCCAGAACUUGCUAAAAUGUCCCACAGAAGAAAAGAGUAAAAUUGUACGUGUAUUGAAUCUUUGGCAAAAGAAUAAUGUGUUUAUGAGUGAAGUAAUACAACCAUUGUUAGAUUUAACAGCUGAUCCAAACAAUCCUGAAAUGGCUGCCCAGGUACAAAGAGCAGCCGAGUAUAUUGUUAAUAAAACUGGAGCAACAACUAAAGCUGCUGGUGGUUCUAACUUAGAUACUUCAACAUCGUCAGAACCUCCAUCAGAACAGGAGACGGCUCAAAAUAUAAUGGACACAGCCAAUGCACAGUCAACACAGAUAGAUAUGCUGGCCACAGUUAAUCAAUUACUGCAACAAACGCAGACGGGAAGUACAAGUUUAAGUGCACAACAACAGCAGUUGCAACAGUUACAGUUACUUCAACAACAGUUGAUACAACAAACUCAGUUGAUGCAGCAGUCAACAGGACAACAACCAGUUAUAGAUAGCAACCUGUUAUCCCACAUACAGACCCUUACUAGUCAACUUCUCAACAAGAAACCUCCAGAACCAGGAUUUAAUAAGAAGUUAUUAGAUUUUGACUAUGGUGAAAGUGAUGAAGAAGAUGGACAAGGCCCACAGAAUGUGUUGGACCAAAACCUAAUGCAUCAGAUCCAACAGAUGUCUCAAACCAUACAGAAAAAUGAACUGCUAAAUAAGGAAAUGAACAUGCAGAAACUACUGCAACAACAGGCAGAGUUUGAUCAGCAGAUUGCUGCAUCACAGGUUGAUAUGGACUAUAGGAGCUCGGUCCAAGAGCCAAGUCAUUUUGGUCAUUUGCCCCCUCAACCACCACCUCCAAUGAUGGGGAUGCCACCAGAGCCAGGACAGCCAUUUCAUUUGAUGCACGAACAUCAACCACCACCUGCUGUACAGGGAUACCAGGAAAUGGACGAGGUGUCUCAGGAUACUGACGACAGGUCACGUGAUACGAGUCGGGACAGAGACAGAAAACACAGUAGUCGCAGAUCUAAACAAUCCAGAGAUAGAUCAAGGUCAAGAACCCCCAAAAGGAGGCGUCGCUCAAGGUCAAGAUCUAGAGAUCGUCGCAGGAGAUCAAGAUCUAGAGACAGACAUAGGAGAUCAAGGUCUAGAGACAAAGAUCGUGAAAAGCAAAGAGAAAAAGACAGAGAAAGGAGGAAGAAAGGACUGCCUCCAAUUAAGGAACAACAUAUAAGUGUGUGUUCAACUACCUUGUUCAUUGGUAAGGUACCAAAGACAACAGCUGAGGAAGAAUUGAGGGAAGAAAUAGAGAGAUAUGGAAAAGUGGAAUCCAUCAAUAUGAUUCCUCCAAGAGGUUGUGCAUUUGUUUGUAUGACAAGAAGAAAGGAUGCUUCUAAAGCAUGUGACAGAUUGAAAGGUUACAAGUUCAUGGGCAGUGAAUUGAGGGUUGCAUGGGCCCCUGGUAUUGGAGUAAAGGAAUCAGAAUUUAAAGACCGUUGGGAUGUAGAACAGGGUGUGACCUAUAUACCCUGGACACAGAUGCCAGAAGAACUGUCAAAAUUCAAAGAUGGUGGUAUUAUUGAUGAGGACUCAUUAACGGAAAACUUGAAAGGUAAACAGAUAGGUGGUGAAAAACCUGAGGUUACAGAAGAACCUAAGCCAGUCCCAGGACAGAUCCCUAAUUUACAAGGAGGUCCUCCACCAAUGCCAGGACAACCCAUGACUGCACCAGGACAUUUCCCUCCAGGGAUGCCACCUGGUAUGAUGCCUCAAGGUGGUAUGAUGCCACCAAUGGGGAUGCCACAUAUGGUUGUACCAGGAAGUAUGCCACCUGGUCAUAUGCCAGGACAACUUCCUCCCCAUUUGGCAGGACAACUACCACCCGGUAUGCAACAGCAAAUGGGAGUUCCACCAGGGAUGCCACCACCAAUGACUGGUCAACCACCUCCAGGAAUGAUUGCACUUCCUGGCGGAGGUGUGGGGCUUAGACAGGUUGGUCCACCAGCUUCCAAUGCUGCAGGUUUACAACUUGGACAGAACAUUCACAAUGUAAUGGCUAGUUCAGCUCCUGCAACUAUGGUAUCUCAACAGCCAAUCACAGUGUUCAGACCUGGCUUCCAACCACAACCAGGUUUUCCUCAGUUCCAGCAAUUUCAGCAGUUUAGAAUGCAGCCUCCAAACCUCAGCCAGAGACCUCCAAUGCAUAUGCAUCCUCCUGGAACACAGCCACCUCAGUUCAUUAAUACAAUGCAACCAGGUCCAAGGGCACUAUUAGGUCAAGGACCUGGUCCAAGGCCAAUAUUCAAUCAGAAACCAGACAUUGAAAAUGAAAACUUUCCUGGCAACAAAUGGCCUCAAAACAGGGGACCUCCUAUUCUGAUGGAACAACCAAGUCCAGGAGAAGGUUCUCCUGUUAUGGAUGAGAAACCCGAGAAGCCAAAGGAUGAUGAAAACACAGAAAUGGAAAUGGACCCAGAAGACAAAGAACAAUUAAUGCAAUUUGAUCUGCCAAUGAGCUUUGGAAGUAAUAAAAUAAAAAGACAGGAACAAGGUGAUUGGGUUCCCCCAGAAGAGAAUGAUUGGGGUGGAAGAGGUCGUGGUAGAGGUGGAUUUGAUAGAGGUCAUGGAAACAGAGGUGGUCCAAUGGGAGGACCAAGAGGUCCACGACCUUUAAUGGAUUUUGAUAAUAUAAUGGGUGGCCGAGGUGGAAGAGGAGGAGGUUUUGGAGGCCCAAGAAACUUUGGACCAAGAGGACCAAGAUUUGACAACCGUUUCCAAUAUGAUCGCAAUUUUAGAGGCAGAGGUGGACCCCCAGGCUUUAGAGGUCGAGGUGGCAAUAACUGGAGACAACCAUUUGAUGGCCCUCCAGGAAUGGGAGACGAGGACCAAGGAAGAAACUCUGAUGGUGAGGAACAGCCAAAUGAACCUGGAGAAAAAGAUGAGAAUGCUCUUCCAACUGAAUUUGGUAGUAGUAGACGACGAAGCCGUAGUAGUGAUAGACAUGAAAGCAGGGGAAGAGAUAAUUAUGACAGGAGAAAUCGUGAUGAAGGACAAGGUGAUAGGAAAGAAGAUGAGGAAGAGAAGGAAGGUGAAAAAGAUGAAAAUACUCUGCCUUUAGCUUUUGGUAGUACCAAGCAAAGAGACAGAGGAAGUAGCAGUGGACGAGACAGAGGGAGAGGUGGCUAUGAAGGAAGGGGAAGGGGGGAUAGCUAUGAUAGAAGAAGUCGUGACAAAGAUCAAGGUGAUUGGGGAGGAGAAGGUGAAGAAGAAGAGGAGGGAGAACGAGAUGAAAAUGCACUUCCUUUAGCCUUUGGGAGUACCAGACAAAGAGGAAGAGGUGGUGGUGGUCGUGGACGAGGUAGAGGAAGGGACAGCUUUGGAGGACGUAACAGAGAUGACAAUUGGGGAGGUAAUCAACAAGGUGAUGAAAACCAAGAUGGAGAUGAAAAUGCACUGCCCACUGAAUUUGGAGGUCGUAAGAAAUGGGAUAGAGGAGGAGGAAGAGAUAGUUAUGGAGGUAGAGAUCGUAGAGGUAGUGAUAACGAUCGGCGUGAUAGAAGAGAUGAUCGCCAUGGUGAUGACCGUAGAGGAAGGGAUCGUAGUGAUAGAGGUGAUAGAAGAGACAGAGAUAAGGAUCGGGAUCGUGGGGACCGAGAUCGUGACAGAGGUAGGGAUAGAGAUCACGACAGACGUGAUCGGGAUAGGGACAGAGAUCAGAAUGGAAGAAAGUCGCGAUGGAGUGAUGCUCCAGAAGCACCAAAAAUACCUGAAAGUGACAAUGUUCCUGAAGCAAAUGCUCCCGAGGCAAAUGCUCCAGAAGCAAAUGCUCCUGAAGCAAAUGCCUCUGAGCCAGUGGCUGAAGAGGCAAAUGUACCAGUUGUAGAACCUCCUCCUGUUGUUGAUUCUACAAGUGAUGAACAAACUAAUGGACAAAUAGAAUCGAGUGAAUCUAGUAGUAUACCUAACGGGAAGGAGGGGGAAAGUACUGAACCUGUAGAAAAAACUAGUGAACCAAAAACAUCGGAUCCAGAAAAAGUGCUAGAAGAAGGAGAAAUUGAAUGAUGUUUAUUUAUUUUAGUCAUGAGAUGUGUUUCAUUUUCUUACAUUGUGACAUUUCGUUCAUUUUUCUACUGUUUUGCACCUCAAGUAAUGUUUAGAAUAGGAUAGAUGAUUUUAAAAAUCACAUAGAAAAAUUCAUUUCAUAUGAAUUGAAAAUAUUUUAAAAGAUUUUUGAAUAGUUUUAAAAUAUGUUUCCCCGUCUUGAUAAUUUUUUCUAUAAAUCAUUCAGAUGCAUUAAAGAAAUGGUUUAAAUUCCUUAACAGAAUUACUUCUACUGGCAUUUCAUUUUUUUCUCACUCAAGCAUCACAUUUUGUUGUUACUGUCAGAUAUUGUUAUUGAUGAAUCGUGUAAUCAUUUUUGUGUUUAAUUGUAAAUUUGGAUUUUUUUACUCUUGUUUAUAUCAUGGAUGGAUGGUGAAUUUUUAUCAAACAAGUGUUCAUAAUUUGAGAUCAUGUUUGUAAACUUUGUGUGAUAGAUGUGUAUUCUGAAUUGCAGCAUUCAUAGAGAGCUUUGUAAUGAUGUAUAUUAGUUAUACUGUAAGGACUGAAAAUUGGCUUUAUACAAGAACUUGGGUUGCUUGCUAUUCAGUGUAUUAUUUAACAGCAAGUUUAACAAAUUUUGCCAUUUCAUGAUAAAUAUCUUCCCAUGUCAUAUUGAUUCAAGUAAGAAUGUAAAAUUUGUUUUACUGAAAGAUUUUUUGUUAAAAAGGCUUUUGCAUCUGAGGCCAAUAAAGUUUGUAAGUAAGAUUUAAAACAGGAUUUGUUCAAUUAAUUGAAUUUGUUCUAUAAAAUUGUAUUAUAUUUUUUUCACAUCCUGAUUGAUAUAAGGGGAAAGAAUAAGCUACAUUUUGAAAACUUCUACUUAUUCAAAUGAAUUGCAAAAAUAGUUUCAUUAUCACCAUGAAGUAUUAAAAUGAAAAUAUAGUCUAUUAGAAAUUAAAGGUACCAACAGAUUCAGACAAAUAUCAAUGAAAGUAUUUUUUCAAUAGUUUUUUUAGGAACUGAUAUCUUACAACCAGCAUGUUUUGAACUUAAGAAUUAAUUCUAAAGAUAUUUUAGGUAUUACAUGAUUCUUGAAAGCUAUUUAAGAUUGAGUUGGUGGCAAAUAUACCAAAUUUUCAAUAAAGUUCUGUAGUUUUUCCAUAGGUUUUUAUAACUAUUCAUAAGAAUUAUUUUUACCUAUAUAUGUAUAAGAAUGUACAUUGUUUGGAAUGUAGAAAAUGAGUAUGGCAUAGGAUUUUACUUGGUAUUCAAUAUAUUUGAUGAUUUUUUGUACCAAAUAAUGAAAAAGGGUUGUGUUAUCUUAAAAUCUCAAUUCCUGCUUUUAAAAAUAAGUUUAAGACAUACUUAACAAUGACAAUCAUACCAACAAGAUGAUAGAUAAUGGAAAAGGGGUGAUGUAUUUCUUUUGACAUUACUGAAUACAACAUGAUGUAUGUGAUUACAAAAUAUUUAUACAAAUAUGCUUAUAUGGCAAAAUAACCAUUGAUUUUAACAGAGAGAGAGAGAGUGAAGUGUCUGUCUGUGAAAGUAAAUGAAUGUAUGUGUGUGUGUAUGUGUUUGAAAGAUGUGACUGUCUGUGUGCAUAUUUAGACAUUUUGAUGAAAAUAGCAGUGUUCCAUAUAGAUAUUUUUGUUAGUACCAGAGAAGCUGAACAUUUUACUCAAAUUGAAACAGUUGAUUAGAGCAUAUAUUUUUUUAAACAAAAUUAAAUUUCCUUUAUCUUACUAGGAUGUGAACAUCAUAAUCAGGCUUUUCAAUACAAAAAAAAAAAUCUAAGUUAAAUUAUGCUUUUAAUUCUGAGACAUAGAAAAUAUUUAUAUGGAACACUGUAUUAACAUGAUGGGGGGAGGGGAUAAAUGUUUUACUUUGACCUUUUUAGUCAAGGAUAUGUAGCUUGUUUUAACAAGCUACUGAAAAUAAAUGAUAAAAGACUAAA